UAUGAAAGCUAGUUUAUCCCUCUUUGCUUCGCUAUGAAAAAAAAAUAUAUUUGGACAAACUAGACUGACGACUACUAGCCAGAGUUAAUUAGUCAAUUAUGAUGCAGGUUUACAUUAUUUGUUAAAGUAAACAAAACCCGAGUGCGCAGCGGUUACUGAAGGAUUUAUCACCUCAGGAUUAUACUCGCCAGGGCCGUCCUCCGAGCUGCUGGGAUAACUUUGGAGAAGUUCUUUGUAUUCGGGAUAGUCAGACAGCUUGGCCGACAAGCUGAACAUGGACUGGGGCACAGAGCUUUGGGACCAAUAUGACAUCAUUGAGAAGCACACACAGUCUGGCCUGGAGCUGGUAGAGAAGUAUGUGAAAUUUGUGAAAGAGAGGACAGAGAUUGAGCAAAACUAUGCCAAACAACUGAGGAACCUUUCAAAGAAAUAUAGUCUAAAACGGAGUGGCAAAGAUGAACCAGAGUGCAGGUUGUCCAGCUACCAGUCGUUUUUGGACAUCCUGAAUGAGACGAACGACUACGCGGGGCAGAGAGAGCUCAUUGCUGAGAACAUGAUGAUGAGCAUUUGCAUCGAUCUCACCAAGUACCUGCAAGAGCUCAAGCAGGAACGGAAGACGUAUCUGAUGGAGGCCAAGAAGGCCCAGCAGAGUUUGGAGAGCACCUACAAGCAGCUCGACAGUAGUAAAAAGCGCUUUGAGAGGGAAUGGCGAGAAGCAGAGCGUGCAGCACAGUACGCAGAGAAGACUGAUCAAGACAUCAAUGCAACAAAAGCGGAUGUUGAAAAAGCCAAACAGCAGGCUCAUAUGAGAGCACACAUAGCGGAGGAGUGUAAGAAUGAUUACGCUGCCCAGCUCCAGAAAUUUAACAAGGAGCAGAACCAGUUCUACUUUAAUGAUAUGCCACUCAUUUUCAAUAAAUUGCAGGACUUGGAUGAGAAGCGAGUUCGGAAGUUGGCGCAGGGCUACAUUUUGUUCUCUGACACAGAGAAGCAUGUGAUGCCUAUCAUCGGCAAGUGCCUCGAAGGCAUUACAAAGGCCGGAACUAAUGUUAAUGAGAGAAAUGAUUCGAUGGUUGUUAUAGAACAGAACAAGUCUGGCUUUGAGCGUCCUGGAGAUUUGGAGUUUGAGGACUACAGUCAGGGCAUCAACAGAGCCUCCUCUGACAGUAGCCUGGGCACACCUAAAGGCCCCAUGGAACUUCUAGGAAAGAACAGGAGCAAAAACUUUUGGAUUUUCAGUAAAAGGAGUAAGCUCUCUCCCUCCACGCUUCCACCUUUCUCCACACCCCCCGCCCCCUCGCCCGCUAACGGACCCCCUUCCCCCAAGUUUGGCCGGGACCCCCUGUCGUACUGUUUGAAGGAGAUCAAUAAGACAGUCAAACCAAGAAUCUCUUCCUUCCGGACACUCAGGAGAUCGAAGUUUACACCAGAGAGACUGACGCCUACUGUGACAGAGGACUUCGGCCAUCUUCCUCCAGAGCAGCGCAGGAAGAGGUUACAACAGAAAUUAGAGGAAAUUUGCAAAGAGUUGCAAAAGGAAGUAGAUCAGAGUGAGGCCCUGGGGAAGAUGAAAGAUGUGUAUGAGAAAAAUCCUCAAAUGGGAGACCCUGCUAGUUUGGCAUCCCAAAUCAGCCAGACAUCCCAGAAUAUAGAAAGGCUCAGGGGAGAGCUCAACAAGUAUGAGACUUGGCUGGCUGAAGCAGGAGGUCGAGGGGACACUCUGCGUUAUAAAGCUCAUACAUUCAACAACAACGGAGCUCAUGAUGUACACAGCCCUGAUGGAGCUCACUCUGAUGAAAGCACUCCUGAUCCUUCCCAAGCUAUCUACGCCGAGUUUGAUGAUGACUUUGAGGAUGAGGAGCUAACUGCUCCUAUUGGGAAAUGCACAGCCAUGUACAACUUCCCUGGUGCCAGUGAAGGGACCAUCUCUAUGCAGGAAGGGGAGGUACUGGCUGUAGUAGAGGAAGAUAAAGGGGAUGGUUGGACCCGUGUCCGUAGGAGCAAUGGUGAUGAAGGCUACAUACCAACGUCUUAUGUCACCAUCGCGCUAAACAAAUGACAAACACAUGAGGAACACAAGAAGAAUUGAUCACUUCACAAAACUGUAUGCAGUUCUUCCCAUGGGACCAGUCAUAAAGAAGCCACAGCACUAUGAGCGGGACCACUGGUGUAUCCAGAGGAGGAUCCAAAUAUGGUGCUUUAAAUUCUGAAGAGAGGUGUCCCUCACGGGCGAAAAGAGUGGUGCUAACAGUAUGUUCCUGAUGGCUUACAAUUCCAGCCUGAGUUAUUGUAAUCCCAAUUACCUAAGCCACCUGAACCACAAGGUUAUUUCACUUUUUGAUAUCAUGUCAAUCAUUUUUUGGUUGUGGUUAAUAAGUAUUGCAUGGAUUUUAAGCACCAUCAUGGUACGAGCGCUUGCCUCGUUCCACAGCCUCAUAAGGCAUUAGCCUCUGAAUGUGAGAGGAAGGUGAAGAACAGGAGGAAGAUGAGUGAUGCCGCCAUCUUUACACUGUGUUAGUUACCAAUAACACUAAGGAGGAUAUAUACGAGCUGUUUCAGUUCCACAUUUCUCUCAAACCUGCCACUUUCUAGCUUCAAUAGCACUUGCAAAGAUGUGUGGCGCCAUCACUCUGCUUAAGCUUGGAAUGAAGAUCUUGAAGUGUCUUCCAGGGAAUUAGUGCAGUUUGGGGAAGAAUGCUUCAUUUUUGGUUUUCAGCUAUUUGUGAGGUCCUGUCAUGGUAUACCACAUGCACACAACUAUACAAAUACUUUAAUGUUCAGACAAUCACAGCCAUAUCAUCACUAAGUUUAUUUUCAACCUAUAGCAAUAACAAGGAUAUAGCUUCCAAUAUUUACAACCUAAAAAUUGUACUAGAAUAAUUUAUUACAAAUGUGUAUGUUAAAAGUUUGACAGAAGUUGUACUUUGUAUUAAGGAUUUUUUUCACAUUGUUUGUUUACCCUUGCACACACAGUGGACCAUUUGUAGCCACAAAAGGGAGUAAAUAAAUGCACACAUAAAAUGUGCUACAUUAAGAAUAUUGUAUUUAUGUACAAAUAAUAUAUGUUUUAGCUAUCACAACACCACUAUUGUCUUAUUAGCUUUUUUAACCAUUCAAAUAAAGAUUGUUACAUUGUGACAGGAAACUAGACUCUAAGACUCUAAUUAUGUUAAUUAUGUUAAUAUUUUUAAUAGUUUUAAUGUACUUCACACCUUCUCAAGUUGACCCAUGAGCUUGUUUUUGGAGCAAGCAGGAAGGAUGACUCUUCAAGUAGUUGCUCAUGUGUCUUUGGUGCCUUUCUGGUUAAAAGCAUUGUGUA